UUAUGGCAGAAAUGGCGGAAAUCAACAAAAUCUAUGGUGGAAGUCUAUGGUGGAAGUUCACAAAACCGAAGAAUCAUCUAUGGCGAAAGUCACUGGGCUUCACAAAACUGAAGAAUCAUCUAUGGCGAAAGUCACUAGGCAUUAG